AUUCCUUCCUUCGAGUUUUUCGAGCCUCAUCUUCUAAUAGCCUAUCCAUUUCGUUUGUGUCACUGUAUAGUCUGUUGAAGAUAAGGAUUUUAUUUUGGAAGUUAUGACCGGAAACAUUGGUGCUUUCGUCUACCCUAACCCUCCGGUUAACGAGAGGGUCUCCUCGGUCUGUAACGUCUCUGUUGAAUUUUUUUAAUUUUUACAUCUAAAAAUCAUUUGUCAUUUCCCUCCAUCAUGGUGGCCUCUGUCCGCCUCCUGUCCACCGUCACUUUGGCGCUGUUUUCAUGUUUUCUCGACGUGGUGUCCUCGCGUAGAGACGUGCUCGAGCUCGGGGACGCGGACUUUGACUACCUGGCAACGGAGCACGAGACUAUGCUGGUGAAAUUCUACGCUCCAUGGUGUGGUCACUGUAAGAAAUUAGCUCCAGAGUUUGAGAAAGCAGCGACUAAACUGAAGGGAAUAGUGCAGUUAGCAAAGGUGGACUGUACCGCUCACUCAGAGACCUGUGGCCGUUUCAGUGUCUCAGGUUACCCAACUUUGAAGAUCUUCAGAAACGGACAAGACUCCGCCCCCUAUGGUGGACCUCGCACUGCAGACGGGAUCUAUCAGUACAUGAAGAAGCAGACCGGUCCAGACUCAGUUCACCUGAAGACUGAGGAAGACCUCCAGACCUUCAUCAACCACUAUGAUGCCAGUAUCGUAGGUGUGUUUUCCAGUGCCGACAGCUCUCGCCUGGCAGAGUUUCUGAAAGCUGCAGGUCUGUUGAGAGAGCAGUUCAGGUUUGCUCAUGCCACUGACCUGAAGCUGGGAGAGGAGUACGGACUGGACUCUGAGGGUGCAUUGUUGUUCAGACCACCCCGAAUGGCCAAUAAGUUCGAGGACAGUGUCGUUGUCUUCACAGAUUACCUGACCAUCGGGUCUCUCAGACGCUUCAUCAGAGACCACAUUUAUGGUCUCUGUCCUCACAUGACUCUGGAGAACAGAGAUCGUCUGAGAGUUUGGGACUUGCUGACUGCAUACUACGACCUGGACUAUCAUCACAACACUCGGGGGUCCAACUACUGGAGGAACAGGGUGAUGAAGGUGGCAUCUAAAUAUGCUGGGCGGGGUCUGAUGUUUUCAGUAGCGAAUAAGAAGGACUUCCUGUCCGAGCUGGAGGACGACUUUGGUUUGGGGGCUUCAGAUGGAGGGGAGCUGCCAUUCGUCACAGUCCGGACCAAACUGGGUCACAAGUACAUCAUGAGAGAGGAGUUCACGAGGGACGGCCAGUCCCUGGAGAGGUUUUUAGAUGAUUACUUCGCAGGUCGACUCAAACGUUACAUUAAGUCUGAACCUGUACCUGAGAGGAACACUGCUGCUGUCAAGGUGGUUGUUGCUGAGUCCUUUGAUGACAUUGUUAAUGAUCCAGGUAAAGAUGUUUUGAUCCAGUUUUACUCCCCGUCCUGUCCACACUGCAAGAAACUGGAGCCUGUCUACAGAGAGCUGGCUGACACGCUGAGUUCUGAUCCGAGCAUUGUCAUCACCAAGAUGAACGCUGUCGAUAAUGACAUCCCGCUGGGCUACGACGUCCAAGGGUAUCCAACCAUUUAUUUUGCUCCAGUGGGUAAAAAGGACGAGCCCAUAAGAUAUGAGGGAGUCAGAGAACUCAAAGACUUCCUGAAGUUCCUGAAUCGUGAGGCGAGUCACAGUCUGGUGUUCAGUGGGUCGAAAGAUGAACUCUGACACACCUUCAUCCACCAAUCAGGUUUGACUACAGGGCACACCAGCUGGUCUCCAUGACAACAGACACAGGGAGAAAACAGGACAGGAGUCUGGAUCUUGCUGACAGACCGGGACUUGAACCAGAUACGGGAAGUGUAUAUCAUGAUAUCAUACAUGUCAUCACCAGCCUGCUGUCAAGUGACCAUCAGCUGAUUCAUAAAUAUAUUUUAUUUAAUUUUAUUUGUUGUAAUUUAUUUUGGAAACAUUCAAUGUUUUGGUUUUUGAUUUCUGGCAAAGGAAGUGAAUCAGUGAUAAAGAACAUCAGAAAAUAAAAAAUCAGUACAAUACAAAAUACUACUACUACUACUAAUAAUAAUAAUAUAAAAUCGCCAUGUAAUUUACUAAUAAUAGAUGACAGGAUAAAAUAAAUCAUUCUCUUUGCAGUCUUUAAUGUUGCUACUAAAGUGUCCAUUAAAAUAAAUGAAUGCACAAAUUAAAUGUAUACAGCUUUUUAAAGCAUCUAAUGUCCAUCAAGGUCAGUUUCCUGAAGACUCGGUCUCAUCAUUCUGCUUUAUGGGAGUGUGCGAAAGGUUUAAAGUGUCAGUGCUCCUGUUGGCUUCACAUUAAAAUAAGAGGAACUGACUGAUCAUCAUUUAAUCUGCUGAUCAUGUUCUGUGUUGGUUUGUUUUUAAAAUGGCAGAAAACAGUGAAAAUCAUGUUUCUCAGGGUCCAAAGUGACCCCUUCAAAUGUCUCAACCACAUUCAUUCACUUGUGAGAGUAACAUAAUCUGACAGCAGAGGGCAGAUGCAGGUUCACCUUCACUAAAAAUUCAAAUAAGUUCUCAUUUAUCAAAACUGUGUGAGAGCUCACUGCUGUGUGAAUAACUUCAUUGGGGAUUAAAACUCAAAACAAGUCAAGGAUGAAGAGGAUCGCUUCAUUAUUUAAAUGACCUGUGAAGAAAAACAGCAGCAAUAUGUGAAGUUGCCCAAAUGAUUAUUUUAAUGUCCAUUCUGAGGCUUCAGCUUUCACUGAAAGUAAAAGACAAAAUGUCUUUUUUACUGUGUAAUCCCAUUUCAAAAUAAAAGUCAGAGAAGAUACUUCCUGUCCUGUCAUUACACAUGAAGUUUCUAUAACUAUGAAGCUCAUGCACCGUUUUUUUUUAAUAUUUUUAUUUUAUAAACAAAAACAAUGCAACUUGUUUACUGAUCAUCAUCUGUGGACUUUAUAUUUUGUGUUUUCAGAUGACUUUUUGUUAUUUAUUUAUCUGAAUGUUGCAGAGCCUCUGUACAUUUUGUGACCUUUAUUCAGAGUUUGGUAGAAUGUACUUUGAGCCUUAUUAUUGUCAGGAGAAAGUGUUUUAA